UACACCGCCGCGGUCGGCGCGUACAUGAUCGCCGGCCGACCGGACGAGGCGAACAAGCUCGUCCGCGAGAUGAACCGCGAGAAGAUCGACGCGGGGCCGCGUCUCUACAACACCCUCAUCGCCGCGCACGGCCGCGCGGGGGACAUCGAGGGCGUCCGCGCGGCCGAGCGCGCGAUGCGCGCGGCGGGCGUGCGGCCCAACGGAGCGACGCACGGCGCGCGAGUCGCCGCGUACGCGCGAUGCGGCGAGAUCGCUCUCGCGGAGAAGGCGCUCGACGCCGGGCGCGCCGACGCGCGCGCUGGGAAUAAACCCACCGUUUAUGCGUACACCGCGCUCGUGCAGGCGCUCGCGCGGAGCGGCCGCAUGGACGAGGCGAGGGGGUGGCUGGACGUCAUGCGCGCGGACGGCGUCGCGCCGAACGCGCACACGUACAGCACCAUCGUGGACGGGUUGGUGCGCGCGGGGGACGCCGCCGCCGCGGAGUCGGCGCUGCGAGAGAUGAAAGCGAACGGCGUGGAGCCGACGGCGGUGACGUACAACACGCUGUUGAAGUCGUGCGUCGCGGGGGUGACGCCCGCGGACGCGCUGCGCGGGGGGCGCGACGGUUCGAAUUCUUCCACCGGUUUCGAGGCCGUCGAGCGCGGCGACGACGGUUCGAAUUCCAUCGAGACGACGACGGACCGGGACCGGCUGAAUCCGCCGCCCGGCGCCGACGCCGACGCGUCCGCCGCUCUCAAUCGCGCGCGACGCGUCCUCGAGUCCAUGCGCGCGUCCGGCGUCAGCACGACGGUCGUGACGUACAACACCCUCAUCGACGCGUGCGUCAGCGCGGGGGAGCCCACGGAGGCGAUGUUCGGCGUCCUCUCCGCGCUCGUCGCCGCGGGACACCGCCCGGACGUCGUCACGUACACGACGCUCCUCAAACACUUUUCGCGCGCCGGCGACGCGAACGCCGCCAGGUGGCUCGCGCGCGAGAUGGAGGCGGACGUCGCGGUCGCGCCGGAUGCGAGCGCGUAUAACUGCCUCAUCGACGCGCUCGUCAAGGCGGGGGAGGUGGCGGAGGCGGCGUCGUGCGUGCGGCGGAUGCGAGGUCGAGGGUGCGCGCCGGACCGGCGGACCUACGGCGCGUUGCUCGACGGGUUUUGCCGCGUCGGCGACGUCCGAUCCGCGGCGGGGCUGUACGACGCGCUCAUGGACUUAGGC